GCUGUGUUGAUCUUCCGGCAGGCGGCCCGCCGGACCCCCGGCCUUCUUCACGGUUUGCUGCGGACUGGGUGUUCUUCCCGAAAUGAGUUUGGUGAUUAAAAAUCUGCAGCGGGUGGUCCCCAUCAGAAGAGUGCCACUUCGCAGGAAGAUGGAUUUAGUCAGGAGUAUCUUAGGAGUGAAGAAAUUUGACCUGGGGAUCAUCUGUGUUGACAACAAGACUAUUCAGAACAUUAAUAGGAUCUACAGGAAUAAAAAUGUCCCAACUGACGUGCUUUCUUUUCCAUUUCACGAGAAUCUGAAAGCAGGCGAAUUUCCUCAGCCACACUCACCGGAUGAUUAUAAUUUGGGAGACAUUUUCCUCGGGGUGGAGUAUAUCCUCCAGCAUUGCAGAGAAAGUGAGGAUUACUGUAAUGUCCUGACGGUGACAGCCACCCAUGGACUCUGUCACCUGCUGGGCUUCACCCACAGCUCCGAGGCCGAGUGGCAAAAGAUGUACAACCAGGAGAAACUGGUGCUGGAGGAACUGAGCUGCUACACAGGAGCGAGGCUCCAGCCCCUGAGCAGGGGACUCUACUGAUGCCUCAAAACUUUGAGACAGAGAUCUCGACGGACAGAGUCCUGUCCCUCUGCAAGACUCCGGGGAACCUUAGCUUACCAGGGAGCCUCUGAGUGAACCACAUGGAACCGGAAUCGAUGCAAAAAGCAAGAGGAAUUUAUUGUUUCAGUGCACUGGGGUCCUCUCUGACCCGAAGGAGAGGCGGAGACCCAGCGCCCAUUCAGCGAGUUUUUAUGUGGUUUCCAGGGGCAGAAUAGAGCAUCAGUAACUAGGCACAAUAUGAUUGGUGGAACAAUGCACCCUUUAAAAUGAUUGGUCUUUAGGGAAUGAGGUGACAAGGACUUCCCUUGCCUGAAGGUGGGCAACAUCGGUCCUGCUGGAUGUGUCCCCACCCACAGGUCAGUUCUUCCCUAUGGUCUGAGAAAUAUUAAUUAGCCUCUCCUUUCUGGAGGGACAAGUGUUUCAUGACCCUCCCAAAGUUUCUAAGCUGACCUUUUUACCUCCACAGUGGAUCUCUGCUGGUCCUGCUGCCCUGGAGGGCCUCAGCCCACACUACAGCUUCAUUCUGUGAGUGGGCCAAGUACCAAGGAAGUGCCUGUCAGCCCUUUCUCUGAUUAGAAGGCCAUGCGGACUCUGCUGGAAGCAGAAUUGGGCAUUCCAAGAGGAGAAACACUGACGCUCUUAGGCUUCUUUGGGUUUCUAUCUGUAGAGUCUGGGCAGACUGCCUGGUCUCCCUGAAGUGGAAGGAACAUGCCAGAACACUGAAGUCUCUUCUUCCUGGGAGGAUAGGCGCCUGCAAACCAGCAGGCCCCAAAGGACAAGGUUUUCACCCAGUCCCCAGGAACUCUGAGAACUGAACCUUGCUUUCUCCACUCCCCAGAGCUACCUUGUGCCCUCAUCUUCCUUAAGCUGUUGGCUAUAGACACCAUGAGACAGCCCACUGACCUACAGAUCUUAUCUCCUGGGGCCAGAGAGUCAGGUGUGUGUCCCAUCUGUGUUGCUGUUUGUAAUUGUUUUAGAUGACAUUUUAUUUGGAGCCGGGUGGUGGUGGCGCAUGCCUUUAGUCUCAGCACUUGGGAGGCAGAGGCAGGCAGAUUUCUGCG